AAGGUUCUUGCAUCCCGCGCGGUGCAGCAAAGUAAACAAAGAGGCGCCGUUGCAAAGCCGCCGCCGAUCAGCUGAUGACUGACCCGAGGUUCUGCAUGGAGUGACGCAAGAAAGCACCCCCUUCCUUCACCCCUCCAGGCUACUACAUCCUUCCUAGACACAAUCAAUUCCCGCAGAUGGCAUCGUUGAGCCCAGAACAUAAUGUAGAAAUCUGCAUCCCAAGCACACAACCGUCCGAUGGCGUCACAUUGUACGUUAUUAGUCUGUGUGUGGGAGGCAUCCGCUGGUCAGUCAAGCAGCGUUAUAAUGCCUUCGCUGAGCUCCAUGAAAAGCUUGUCAGCAAUCAUGGAGUUGCAAAGGAUCUGCUACCACCAAAGAAAAUCAUAGGAAACAAAGACCCUUCUUUUAUAGAGAAGAGAAGAUCUGAUUUAGAGCUUUAUAUCCAGACUAUCAUGGACUUCAUGCACCACACCUUGCCCCGGGAAUUAGCAGAGUUCUUGGACUUUCAUCACUAUGAGCUGACUCACCUGUUGCAGUCCAUGGCCCGGCAGUUCUUUAAGGAAGGAGACCAUGUUUUGAGUGAAGGUCACCCAGUUGUCUUUACUCCUUUACAGUUACAUGCCCUCUCCUACCGCCUGAAGAACCCUCUCCCCACCAAUGUGGCAACGGCAAAUGAAACCGACUUCAGCCAUGUUGUUGAUUUUGUGUCUCAAGUCAAACACCUUGUCAUCAAAGGAAGUAACCAGCCUUUCAGGGCUAGCAACAUCAUCCAGAAUAACUUAACGUUUACACUAAAUACUUUCAAAAAUGUUGAAACUCUAACACUGACUGAAGCCAAUGCCUCUUCUAUUGGUCACCUUGGAGCAGUCAGGAGAACAACCAGAACCUUGCAGGUAAACCAAAGUGGUAUGACACAGACGUCAGACAUAUUGCUGUGUGAUUCUGUGUACAGAGAAACUGUUGAGGGGAGUGAUCCUCAUAAAUGGUUGAUGCUCAUCGAUGUUGACAUCAGCUGUAAUCAAAUAAAAAAAAUUGAUGACUCCAUUGCCCUAGCUCCUAAUAUUGAGAAGCUAAACUUGAGCUGCAAUAAGCUCUCCUCAGUAGAGAGUUUGACAAAGCUUCCUCAUUUGGUGUCACUUAAUCUCUCUAAUAACAUGUUUUCUAUUUUAGAGAGUAUGCAUACAAAACUCGGAAAUGUCGUCGAUCUAGAUUUGUCACAAAAUAGUUUGACCUCUCUCCAAGGUUUAAGCAAGCUUUACUCUUUAGCCUCAUUGAAUGUCUCAACUAAUAAUAUAUGUGAAAUUGCAGAAGUUAGCCAUAUCUCAGCCCUGCCUUGCCUAGAAAUUCUCAUAAUCACAGGCAACCCAGUAGCAACAGUAGUUGAUUAUCGCACCAAAGUUCUAGAGCUUUUUGGUCAGCGGGCUGCAGAGGUCUGUUUAGAUAAUGAACGACCAACCCAGAGGGAGUUGGAAUUUGUAGCUGUGCUGCAGGCCAUAAGAGCAUCAAGAGAAGGUAGACUACCAACUCUCAGCAUAUCAAGUCCACUCCCUGCUACAGCAUCAACGAUUACAUUUGACCGACCAGAUGUUGCCACUGCUGUUAGUGAAUAUUCAGUCUCCAAGUGAUAAUUAUAUUGUAAUAAACUAAUAUAUCUUAUCCAUCUCAAGAGAGAUUUAUGAGCCAUAUGGUGGUGAUGAAAUCCUCUUCCAGUUUUGGAUUGUGCCAAAUUUUCACAAUCUUAACCUCACACCUAAAAGUUUAUUUUAAUGUUAUUAUGUAAUAAUUUUCUAGUCAUAAUAUUUCAUUAGUAAGAAAGUGAAGACCAGUGUCUAACCAAUAAGAAGUUUUUAUUAUUUUUUUCUUUAAUCAUCAAGAGUCACAUUUUGUACAUCUGUAAGAGAAUGCAAAGCAAUGCAAAAUAGGUUUGAAUACUUAUGCUUUAUAAGACAUAAUUGAAAUCUUGAUCUGAAAGUGGAACUGUUGGGUUUCCUAUUUAAUUGUUGUUAUUUAAAACAUAUUAUCAUCAUCUUAAAAUAUAUGCCUUAUAAUGAAUUUCACUGAACCUUGUGAAGGACCUUCUCCAAAAAGUAAAAACAGACUGUGGUUAAACAGUCAAGAUCAUUAUUAUUGCCAUCAUCAGUGACCCCCAUUUUCUUCAGAGACAUGAUGGAGAGUAAAAAAAACUGUUGGACCUUACUGAGUUGUGUUCCAGGGACAAAUAGUUAAGCUUGGGCCAGUCCCUGAGUUAAGUGUCCUGCAUCAGUGUCACUGCGCUAUUAGUCACCUCUUACAGCAUGCACUGUAAUAAAGAUAUAUGUAUUCAUAAUACCUGUCUCAAGGACAAGAAAAAUAAUUGCUGAAAUAAGACAUUAUUUCUCAUGCCACUCAUUUUCACAUUUAUUUUGCCUUUGUCAUUAUGGAGAGACUAUCAUAACAAAUCAACUACACAAUCACAAAUGUCUUGUCACUGUUACUCUAUUUUCUCCAAUUAUGUUGUCAAGUCUUUGUGAAUGUUCCAUAUGUGUCUUGUGUUUGUAAAAAGAUCAGAUGUAAUCCUUAAUCUUCUUUACUGACAAGGGCACAUAGGGUUUUCUAUUUCCAUACAAAUAUGCAAGCUUCUAAAGUGCAGGGUUAUCUAUUUGCUUUUAUGUAUUUGUUAGCUGCACGUUAUUCCAACUGCUUUUAUAUAUAUGUUAGCCAUAGCACUUUAGGGGUUUUAUUUAUUUAUUCAGAAGUUUUUAGAGCCAAAGAAGCAUCUCUUAAGGCGAAAAAACAAACAAUUCUCUUGCUGAGAGGAUAUAAGUAAAAAAAGGAGGGUCAAAUUUAAGUAGGGAAGGUGUCUUGACACUCUUCUUGAAAGAGUUCAAGUUGUAGACAGAAAGAAAUACAGAUGAAGGAAAGCUGUUCCCAAGUUUACCAGUGAAAGGGAUAAAAUAAUGAAGAUACUGGUUAACUCUUGCAUUAGAAAUUUGCACAGCAUGGGGAUGAGCUAGUGUAGAAAGGCUUGUGCAGCAAAGCCAUGGGAAUGUGGAGGCAUGCAAGUAAAAAGUUGAGAAGUUAGCAUGAAAUUAUUGAUAAAAGAUAGAAAGUGAAGCAUUAUUGCAGCAUAAUUUUAGAGGUGGAAGACAGUAAGAAGAAAGGAGUUGAUGAGAUGAAAUGCAUUGACCCCCUCUCUCCAAGAAAGCUUUGUGAAACAUUGUGACAUGCAACAUGCAUACUCCAUGUAGGGGUAGACAAGUUGCUGUAGUAAAGGUUGACUGAAGAUCUGGACAGCAUGUGGGUAAUAUUCCACACUUGGUGAUGGUUGAAAAUUGCCAGCGUCUUGCAGUGGGACUUGAACUUAGUUCCUUGGGAUCACCACUUUUGCAAGCUGACCAUUUGGCCACUGCCUUUCAUGUAGGGCCUCUUAUGUUUUAGUAGACUGAAUGAAUCAUUUUCACUGAGCAGAUCUGAAUAGCUCUGAAUGGUUAUAUUUUGCACUGUCUCUAGACUUUUCUCCAUUAUUCUGGUCUUUAUGUUCCUUAUCUCUCCAUUUCUGUGGAUGUUUGUGAGCCAUGGGGACACUACUCAUCCCUACCUACCUCCAGUCUGAUACUUAAACUCAACCACUAUGCCCUUUCUCACAUGGCACACAGCAACUAUAUAAACUAUUAAUUGCCCUUGAAAACCAGCACUUUGUUCUGUAAAUAUGUAGUACUUUCCAAAGUAUUGUUUUGUAUGUAAAUGUAAAAAGUUAUGGGACUUAAUUUUCCCAGGAAACAGCUGCAGGGACACUAUGAUCUUAUGUGAUAAUUUAAGACUUUUCAUUGGGCAGAAUUUUGUUCUUUAAACAUCAUCACAGUAUUGAAGAGCAUUAAAGGUGCCUGCUCAAGGUAACAAUAGAAAGUUUAAAUAUUCUUUCUUGCCAUCUCUCACUUCAUCAUAUCAAAGUUUCUUCAUAUUUUUAGAUUUUUGCCCCCAUCUGUCAUUGUUACCUCCCUUGCCAUAUCAUGCAACCACUGUCACUGUUUUGUUGACCUUGCUAAAUGCUUGCUCUCCUUACAUCUAGAGUCUGUCUUUAUAUAGCUUCUACCUAACUCCAUCCCAAUGUUGGCCAUACAUUAAUGCAAUGGAACAAUCUUCUUUCUUCAGAUUUUUAUUUUCCACCUUAGCACAAUUCAAACUCAUUUGAGUUGAAUUGGCUACUGUGAUAUAUUUAGGAGCAGCAUUUUAUCCAAUUAUGUAUUUUUUUUUUUAAUUUAGGUCCUUGAGUGUCUUCUUUAACUGUAAAUAUAAGUCCCCAUGAAUAGUCAGUCAUGAUAUAUUAAAGUUGAAAUUGUAUCCUCUCAGCGUAACACAAAAACUUGGUGAAAUAUUUGUUACUACGUGAGAGACUUUUCUUAAACAUUGAGAACAGAGAGCUUUAUGCCCUAUGUUCUAUGUUGUUUCAGAUACACUUUUCUUCUUCGUGAGGUAAUCUUCAGCAGAAUUUCAGAUAUUCGAUUAAGUUAUACACAUUUUUAUAAGAUUUUCCGUAUGUAGAUUAAUUUUCUUCAGUAUUAAAAUAUGGUUUCAGAUUUUUAUUAAUUGCACUUUAACAGAUUGAAGAUAGUAUGAUGUCAAUAAAUGUCUUUGUAUAUUCUUGUCAUAUCAUUCCUAAAUAUAUAUAAAUUAGAUUAAGUUAUAUAAACAUACCUUCAAACAGGUGCUUUGCAAACUUACAUAGAUAGCAAUCCGUCCAUUAGCAGUGCAUCUUAGUUAAAUUUAGUAUGUCAUUGAAGAAUGUAUUGUUACAAGAUUAUAUAAGCACAGUAAAUUUUAUUUGAUUAUGUACCUAAAUUGUAUGUCCUUAGCCAGCUAAUGGUUAGGUCAGUAUAAGGCCUUAAGGGACUUAUUUAUGGAUGAUAUUGUCUUGAAAACAGUUUUAUUAAUCCAUCAACCAUAUUCAUCAGAAUUGAGUAACAACUUAUGAAUAUAUGAUUCUAUGAUGUGUAAA